AUGGUUUUCAUGGCUUUGUGUUAUACCAUGGCUGUCGUCUUCUUUUUCUAUCCUGAAACGGUACAAAAGUCAUUGGAAGAAAUCGAUCUUUUCGCCAAGGACCGCAAUAUUUGGGUCUCCACAGGCCGCAAGGCUCGAAAGGUUGGCGCCGUAGUUGAGCGCGAACCGACUCAAGGGGAGGCGCUUACUAACUUUAAAGGGAAGGGCACAGAAUCUGUUCAUGUGGAUAAUGUGGAGUUCAAGGCGCAUGUACAUUCGCUCCGAGGGGACGCGAAUACUAUUACGUAG